AUGACUGACGAUGGUGAUGAAGAUAUUUUUGACAACAACCCCAUGUCUUGGGAAGCAGAAAUAUUGGCACAACUUAUGCACCAUGAUAUAUUGGGAUUGGAUAUACUGGAAUUAAAUAUUAAGGUGUACCGAUGCGAAGAUAAAACUAAUAAAUCGAACUCCUUGAUCGUAUUAGCGGCGCCAACUUUCCGUUCCCUCUCUUUCAAAAUGCCUUCACUAAAGGAAAUGAAAAUAAGUAGACACUCGCAAUGA